UAUUUAUUGAUGAAAUCAUAUUUAAAUUUUAUAUUACAAUAAUGGAACUCUUCGUUUUACAGGAACCGGUCGAACCCCCAACCCCAAAGCUUUACAGUUAGGGCUUGCAGAUUCUCUCUCUCUCUCGAGAAUUCUGAUCGCAUCGCAUCAUAUUCAUUUUCCUCCAUAGAACGUGGAUUUCGAUUAUUAGGGCUUGCAGAGAGAGGAUUCGGAAUUGUACCAUUUGGGGCUUCCCAGCGAUUAUCUUCACUUUGAGAGGCCUCUGCGAUCGGCGUUGCGGUUGUAAGGACUUCUGGUAACCAGUAUUCGUAAUUGUUCAUUUCGAAAUAGAAAUGCGUGGAUACGAUAGAGAUGAAUAUGGUCAAUCAGUCGAAGAAUAUGAUGAUUAUGAGGACGAAGGGGAGGGAUAUGAGGAAGAGGAGGAUGGCGAAGAGUAUGAAGAGGAAGCGGAAGAAGAAGAUCCAAAGCCUACCAAGGAAGCAUUGGAAUACCUUGAGUUGAGACAACGGUUGAAAGAACAAUUUCGAAAGCAGAUGAAGAAGGAAGGGGGUUCUUCUUUGGCCAACUCCAGUGAUAAAAAGAAGAAGCUCCCCUAUGAUAAUUAUGGAUCUUUCUUUGGCCCAUCUCAACCGAUUAUCUCUGAGAGAGUGAUACAAGAAAGCAAGUCGCUAUUAGAAACCCAGCAUCUGGCAUCUAGGGUUUCGAGCUCCCCCCAUUCUAACAAGAAGAGCUCUGGAUCAACCUCUGCUGGAUCGAAACAUGUAGCAUAUAACCAGAAACCCAGAGUAAUUAAUGAGGCUAAAAAUAAAGUCCAAAAGCUUAAGGAUACACGAGAUUACUCCUUUUUAUUAUCUGACGAUGUGGAGCUUCCAGCUCCUGCAAACGAUCGUCCUCCUCGAAGUGUCUCUGUUCCAAAUUCUGAGGUGCGGUCUAGUCAAAUGGCACCGAAAAGCAAACUACCUGUGGCAAAUAAUGGUAGACAUGCUCAUGGAGGUCGUGAUGAAAGAAAACCAGCAUCUUUGAAUGGACAUUCUCAUGGAGGUCGCGAUGAAAGGAGACUGGUAUCUAUGAAUGGACAUUCUAAUGGAGGUCGCGAUGAAAGGAGACCGGUAUCUAUGAAUGGACAUGCUCAUGGAGGUCGUGAUGAAAGGAGACCGGUAUCUAUGAACGGACAGAUGCAUUCUAAAGGGGGGCCCAAUAAGUUAAGUUCUGCCAGCAGAAGACCUGAUUCUACAUCAGUGGACUCUAGAAAACAGCUUGGUAGCAACAAUGGAAAUGGGCCCAGCCGGCCUUUAGGGCCAAAAGGUUCAAAGAUGCCUGCUUCUACCGCUGAGAGGAAGGCUUCUGCACCAGGUGUGAAGAAUUCCUUGUCUGGUGUGCACAAAUCACUCCCUUCAAAGUUGCAGUCAUCUAUUCCAAAGCAGCACUUGCAACAAAGAAAGGAAGUACGAGAACCUAAUGAGCCCAAAGUGUUACCGAGACAGUCAGCAGGAUUGACAAAACCUCAGAUAAACAAGCCUCAAAUGCAAAGGCAAAUCUCCUCACGUCCUAUGUCACAAGAGCAUCGUCCCAAAAGAAAGCCUUUGAGACGGCACCCUGAUGAUGAGUAUGAUGACGGGGUGGAUUAUAGGAGUAUGAUCAGGAAUAUGUUUAAAUAUAAUCCAGACAAGUUUGCCGGCGAUGAUGAUUGUAGUGACAUGGAGGCCAACUUUGAGGAUAUUAUGAGAGAGGAAAAACAGAGUGCAAGAAUCGCAAGGCAGGAGGACGAAGAGCAGGCUAGAUUGAUAGAAGAAGAAGACAGGAGGGAACAGAUGGCCAAAAGGAAUAGAUUAUUAAAGAAGCGUAAGCUGGGUCAUAAUUAGGGAAGGGAAUUUCGUCUCACCACCCUGGGGAUAUUUUGUCUCGUGCUAAAGUGGAGUUGAUAAAAUUACUUCUGAAGCUGUAGGGGAUUUGUUUGCUACUUCGCAAAAUGUAAUUUUAGUGUCAAAUUAUGUGAAAUAUAAUUUUUGGGUGUUGGGGAGAGAGAGGGAGAGAGAGGAAUGGAGAUGCAUUUAUAGAGGUUUGUUGGCUUUUGCAA